AUGUCUCGCGAGCGGGACGUGUCUCUUAGCGAACAAGUCUUAUCGGAUACCACUACAUACGAGCACCUUGAUGAAGUGGUGAAAAGAAUUCUUGGCCCAAAGCUUGAGAAGAGCACAGUGGAUCAACUUGUGCCGAAGUAUACAAGCGUACCGACUUAUUAUCAACUUGUAAAGACUCAUAAGAGGCGGAGGCGACGACGACGGCGGAACGGGGAUUCGAGCAGCGAGGACGACGGGAGUGACGGCGGCGGACUUCGGCGAUGGAAGACUGUAUUCACUGACUGGCCUUCCCCUCAAGACCUCGGGUCGGAAGAGGCCCGCGCGACUCCACUGGCAUCACGCGACAUCUGCCAUAUUCUGCUGUUCUGUCUCGUGUUCUCCAGGAUAAAUAAUAGUCGCGACAUAGUAGCCGCUUCCGUACCAGAAUUCGGAUGCGAGGGUUUCGUUGGCCACGUCUCAUCGUUGGCUUGGUACAUCGCUCUGAGUUCGGCCGUUAUCGUCACGUCGGUAUUUCCGCGGCCCGGUCUCACAACCACACUGCUGAUUGCUAGCGUUGCAGAACUUGGAAUUAUGGACCCCGGUGACGCUAACGCUCGCACAGUCGCUCGACUUUCGUCGGCGGAAUCUCCUUCUUCCGGGAACACCGUAACCGCAGCUGGCCCCACCAGGGAGGGUAACCCUCCGAUUGCCAUCAGUCAGCAGAUAAUGGCAAGCGGGAGUCACAUCAGCAGUUCUCCCUCCGACGCCUACAUCCCGACAGCAGCCAUCUUGUCGGUACCGUCCGAGGGCACUGGUGUUCUCUUUCCAGGAGGCUCACGGAAUCUGCGGGCUUGUGCCCAGCUCUCAGACACUUCUCGGACUGGCGCACUCACUCCGGACUUGUUACAUUCGCGUACAACGCCACUUUCUGUGGCGCCGGAUAGCGGUUGCAACGUGCCUCGACUCUUCUCUAGCGGUCCCGCCACCUCUCCUUCACAAGCCACCGCAGCUGCCAUCUCGACGGAGGCUUCUGAGGGUAAGCUGCUUUUUGACUUCGAAGUCGCGCCGGAUUGGUUCGCACCAUCCGCCGUUGCAGGGGACUCAGUCAGGCCUCGGGCUUCUGCCCAGUUAUCAGACACUAAACGGGCCUCGGUCUCAUCGGCAAACAUGGCGGGCUCCAGCGGCCUUUCGAACAGGAUCAGGAUCUACGGCGAUCGGUGA